AUGAGGAAAUGGGGUUGUCUUGUAGGGACACUAGCAUUGCUGGUUUUAGUUUUUCUCCUGGUUGGUCAUGGAAAUAACAUUAGUACCCCAUCGAGAAAAUUAAUGCAGAGCGAGGACUCUGUAAUACAGAAAGAUUCUGGACGUUAUUAUGGGGUGAAGAUGAUGAAUACAUCUGAUAAAAUGGUGUUGGAUAACGGCCUUGUCCAACUAACUUUCUCUAAUCCCGCCGGAGACAUUACCGGAAUCAGAUACGGUGGAAUUGACAACUUGCUUGAAAUCCAUAAUAAGCCAACUAAUAGAGGAUACUGGGACUUGACCUGGAACAAUCCAGGAGAUGAGAGCAGGAGUAGUGUCUUUGAAGGAAUAUUAGGCACAGAAUUUCGAGUGGUAACAGCUAGUGAAGACCAAGUAGAGGUCUCUUUUACCAGGAGAUACAAUGCUUCCCUUCCCCAGGGUGUGACAGUUCCCUUCAACGUAGACAAAAGGUACAUAUUGCAGCGUGGUCGUUCUGGCUUCUACUCAUAUGCCAUUUUUGAACGCUUGGAAGGAUGGCCAGAAGCGACGGUUGAUCAAAUUAGAAUGGCUUUCAAGCUUCAACAAGCCAAGUUCAGGUACAUGGCGCUAUCGGAUACUAGACAAAGGUUCAUGCCAACAGCCUACGAACGUGGAGUUUAUGGUAUCAAACUCGCAUAUAGGGAAGCAGUUCUCCUAAACAAUACAGGAGAAGUCGAUGACAAGUAUCAGUACACAGUGGAGGACAAAGAUAAUAAGUUGCAUGGUUGGAUUUGCACAGAUGAGAAAUCACCAGUUGGGUUUUGGAUGAUCACACCAAGUGAUGAGUUCCGCAUGGCCGGUCCCUUCAAGCAGUGCCUCACUUCCCACGUCGGUCCAACUACACUCUCAGUGUUUGUUAGUAGCCAUUACGCUGGGAAUGUUGCGAUGAAUUUCCAACAAGGUGAGGCAUGGAAAAAGGUUUUCGGUCCGGUUUUUGUCUAUCUUAACUCUGCUCCUCCAGGCUCAACGGAUUCCACCAGCAUUCUCUGGAAAAAUGCUAAGCAACAGAUGCUUGAAGAAGUUAAGAGCUGGCCAUACAACUUCACUGAAUCUCAAGACUUUCCUUCUUCUGAUCAAAGGGGAUCACUGUCCAGCAGACUACUUAUACAUGAUAAGUACAUCAAUCACCAGCCCCUUCAUUCGGCAAGUUUCGCUUAUGUGGGACUUGCAGCACCUGGAUUAGUUGGAUCAUGGCAAAGGGAAAGCAAGGGGUACCAAUUCUGGACUCAAGCUGACAUAAAAGGUCACUUCAUCAUCAAAGACGUCCGUCCCGGAACUUAUAGCUUGUAUGCAUCAGUUCCUGGCAUUAUUGGGGACUACAAAUAUGAAGCUGAUAUAACAAUUGAACCAGGAAGCAAAAUCCAACUGCCUCCUUUCAUCUACAGACCUCCAAGAACUGGUCCUACUUUGUGGGAAAUUGGCAUCCCUGAUCGGACUGCUGCCGAGUUCUACAUACCCGAUCCAUAUCCAACUCUCACAAAUAAGUUGUACAAUGUAUCAGAAAGGUUCCGGCAGUAUGGACUGUGGGAACGUUAUGCAGAUCGAUACCCCGACUCUGAUCUUGUCUACAAAGUUGGUGCUAGCAAUUACAGUACAGAUUGGUUUUACGCUCAAGUGACCAGGAAGAUAGGAAAUGCAACCUACGUAGGAACCACCUGGCAGAUUCAAUUUGAUCUCGACAGUGUGACUCAUCCCAGAAUUUUCACACUCCGAUUGGCAUUAGCCUCGGCCAGUAAUGCAAAAUUGCAGGUUCGGGUUAACUACUUCAAUAUCAAUCUACCACUUUUUUCUACAGGUAAAAUAGGUGUGGACAAUGCCAUAGCAAGACAUGGAAUUCAUGGUCUGUACUCGUUGUUCAGUGUUAGGGUACCAAGUUUUCUUCUGCGCCAAAGAACAAACACAAUCUAUCUUACACAGUCAAAAGGCGGAUCACCUUUCACAGGAAUCAUGUAUGACUACAUAAGACUUGAAGGACCUCCAUUUUAA